AUGCAGGAUAUACAUUCAGACACUGAAGAAGAGCCCCCGAAGGAAGCGGCUAUGGUGGACGCGUUUACACCGACGGCGAGUCACGAUGGGGCGACUGUCGUCACUUCAAUGGCGACGGACGCGUCAUCAAUACCAACAGCAUCUCGCGUUGGUCAAAUUGCGGUAGACGCGUUGAUGAUGCCAGCGGCAAAUAGGGAUCUGGCGACGAUCAGUUGCAGUCGUGAACACAUCGUGGCCUCAACCCCUGAACAGAGACUGGAGGACGGCGUGGAGCGCAACACUCCGCGCCUCGAGCGCCGCAACGCGCGUCGAGCAACGCCCCGUACGCUCGUGCCGCCAGCCGAUUCAGCCACCCCACAAGAAGAUGCCAUGAUAGUGGCUUUAAGGGAGGGAGCCCAAGCACAGAUGGCGCUCGCCAAUGCGCAGACAGAGGCCGCUCGGUAUCUUGGCGAUUGCAUAAUGCGUGCCGCUACCAUGUUCGUCGAAGCGAUCAAUAAAAAUAAAUAA